AUGUAUACUAUUCAUACUGGUCCACGAUCGUUUGAGGAAGUUAAAUUAUUUUUAAGAAAUGAUACGUUUAGAAUUAUUUCACACUAUGACACGGAAAAGAUAAAUAGUGUGGGUUUCUAUGAAGCACUUUCAUUUUUUGAAGAUUCUGGUACAAAUUUCCCUGAAAAAGAUGUUUAUGAUUUAUAUGGUGAAGAUAUUUAUAAAAGAUUAUAUUAUAAUGAUAUUUUUAUGCAUUUAAUAGAGCAAUUAAGAAAGAAUAUAUUUCAAAUUUAUAGAUUUUUUCAAUACUAUUUUGAAGAAUUUGAUUCAUAUAUCAUAACAAGCAAAGAAAUUGAAGAAUUAUUUAAAAAACAAUCAAUUGUUCGUAUAAAUCCAAGAAUGGCUGCUUUGAAUUUAAUUCUAAGAGUAAAUGGAAAUGAUCAUCUUGUUACAAAUACUCAUAAAAUUAAUACUUAUAUUGAUUUUACAUUAAGAGAACAUGAUCGAAAGGUAUUAAAAGAUUUAGAAAAAGAAUUUAAAAAGGAAAAAAGAAUUGAAGAAGAUAUUGAAUUUAAAUUACCAAAAUUUUCAAAAUUCAGUCAACCCAUUUCACAGCACUGA